AUGCCGCCCAUGUCGUUUGUCGGGCAAGUGACCAAGGUCGGCUUCAUGAACAAGACCGCCACCAUCUUCGUGUCCCGCUUCGUCUUCCACCCCAAGACCGGCAAGCGGCUAGAGAGGAGCAAGAAGUACCUCACACACGACGAGGAAAACGCGCUGCGGAUGAAGGACACGGUGCUCAUCCGGAACUGCCCGCCGAUCUCUGCGCGGAAGCGCUUCACGGUCGAGAAGGUCAUCAAGAGCCCCGAGCGCGAGCGCGAGGAGCUGCAUGCGCGCCAGGCCGCCGAGGCCGCC